AUGAGUUAUUCGUACCUCCCUACAGCCGCCAGUGCUUACCAGCCCGCCCGUCGAGAUACGUCCUCCCCAUCCGGGGCUUUGAAAUCCGUACACGAUGCGCUGACCGCAGCCGGUCGAACGGCAUCGAGCCAAUUGAGCAAGGUUAAUAGCGUCGCUGCGGUGAAGACAUUGGCGUUGAAGACUGCCAAGGUUAUCUUUACAAUCCCGAAUGCUUUGAUCGUGCUUUGGAUCUGUACGUUAUGGUGGGGAGAGCGGACAGUCUUCCGCGACAGUGUCGAGUCGUGUGUCUGGAAUGAUUGGGAGAAAUGGCCUAGCAAUGCGAAACCGCAUCACGUCGCCUUCAUCGCGGACCCUCAGCUCGUCGAUCCGCACACGUAUCCCGAUCGCCGAUGGCCGUUAUCCAAGCUAACGGUCAAAUUCACAGACCAGUACAUGCGCCGCUCCUUUUCGUCAAUACAACAUACUCUCGACCCCGACUCGGUGUUAUUUCUGGGUGAUCUUUUUGACGGCGGAAGGGAAUGGUCGACGGCUCAUAGCCAAAGUCCCGAGGAACGUUGGAGGAAAUACGACGAUGAUUACUGGAAAAAGGAAUUCCAUCGCUUCGUUAAAAUAUUCUUGAACCCAUGGACAAACCAGGAGACGCAAUCAACGAAUCCCCGAGGCAGGAGAUUGAUCGCCAGUUUGCCUGGAAAUCACGACUUGGGUUUUGGGUCGGGUGUGCAAAUACCCGUUCGAGACCGCUUUCAGAACUUCUUCGGAAAUGGGAAUCGUGUCGAUGUUAUAGGGAACCAUUCGUUUGUGUCCGUGGACACUCCGUCAUUGAGUGCAAUGGAUCAACCCGAUCCCGAGACUGGAAGUACAGGUGGGGGAAACGGAGACAGCGAACGGCCAAACCAGAAGAUUUGGCAGCAGCCGGAAGAUUUCCUGAAUGCGAUGAAAGUUCACAGAGGCCGGGCGGAAAUGGACGAACUACGCUUCUUGGGGAAGCCGAGGAACGGCCGGUUGUUUAACUACGAAGUUUCCGAGCCCACGAAGCCUGCGGUAUCUAGGGAAGACGACCCUGAGAUCAUCGGGUUCCCCGCCAUCCUUUUAACGCAUGUACCGUUGUACCGUAAUCCGGCGACACCAUGCGGUCCGUUAAGGGAGCGGUAUCCUCCCUCUGCAGAGGGGCUAGAAGAGGAUGACCCCAACUCCAUCAAGAUUAGCAGCGGAUAUCAGUACCAGAACGUACUGACCAAGACCAUCUCCAAUGACAUUGUAUCCAAGGUCGGCCCGAACCUAGUUCAUGUGUACUCUGGCGAUGACCAUGACUACUGCGAGAUUACACAUCGUGAGUUCAGUGGCUCCCCCAAGGAGAUAACGGUCAAGAGCACAUCGUGGGCAAUGGGCGUCCGGAAACCGGGCUUUGUCCUGACCAGUCUGUGGAACCCCAUCGAUCCCGCCACAGGCAAGUCAACCGGAUUAUCAAGCCCGGGAACUACCAUCCAAAACCACCUCUGCCUCCUCCCCGACCAGCUAUCUAUAUUCAUCCACUAUGGCAUCAUUCUCGCCUUCACCAUCACCGUUCUCACCGUGCGAGCCGUCAUCCUCGCCCUCCGCGCAACCCCAUCCCCAGCCGCAGAACCAAUCCUCCCUCUCGCCGAAACCCGCGAACCCCGGACCCGCCGCCGCGCCAUCUCCCGUACCUCAUCCUCUAACAUCCCAGCCACCUCCUUCGUCAAGCCAGGCGGGCUCGCCAAUCGCGCGGGGUAUUACCCCCGCUACAGCCCGCCGCAGUCGUACAAUGACGCAUACCCCGGCGAGGAAACGGGGUACGGGGACGGGGACGGGGAUGCGUCCAAGUGGCGGCCGAGCAACUCGGACCGGCGACGCGACUCACUUUUUGGCCGCGUACGCUGGCAGUUUGGGAGCUCGGUGAAGUGGGUUGCGAAGGUGUCGCUGGCGUGGUAUUUCUUUUUGGUUUUGAUGUGGUGA